GGCGGAGGAGCAGGAGGGUUACCGUACCUCCGGCACCCUGGACGCCAGCGCGCGGCUCGCUCGUACCGCCAUCGCCAGUUGUGCGCCGAACGCCGUCGGGAAAGGGUGUGUGUCACGCUAGGAAAGCCCACCAGACGGACGAUUUAAUACGGCAUUAAUUUUAAAGAUACGAUAAACUGAAGUGUAGUGUACGGAAAAUAUUUUCGCAGAUAUAUUGUGUGAUCAGAAACAGAGAUAUUUUUUUUUAUUUUCUCAUCGCAGUGGUAAUCGGUAUUCGGAGUAAGAGAAGAGAAAAAGGUCCGGAUAAAAAGCCAAAGAGACCGACGUCCCCAUCUGAAGGAUCGGCCAUACGCGAAGACCGCCGAGCAAACGGGACGGAUGCAUCUGGACGCGUUUUUGCAGGACGGAUUCAGCCCACGAGAACGAGGAGAGCCGUUCGCCCAGGACGCGACCCGGGAGGCAGAUCCGCAUGCAGGCCGAUUCAGAAGGGGCGUUCGUCUAGAAGUAUCCGCUUGAGAUGAACCCCCCUCUUGCAUGUGCCGUUGAAUGCAACGUCCACGUUUCGCUCGCGUGAAUCUGCACACAAGGCCGGAGACGGAUAAGGAAUAGAAGGGGAAAAUAAGAAAGCGCCCAUCAGAACAAAACGAAGUAAAGAAGUGCCAAAAAUUAACAAGGAAAGCGAAAUUACUGAGAAGUGAGAAGAGAAUAAGUGAGACCGAAACCCCAAAUGAUCCAGUGUAUAGUAGUGUACUGCAGAAAGUGAUAGUGUAACAAAAAAACGUUGUCAUACUGUCUUUUUUUUUCAACAAUAAGUGUGCCGCAUCUUAAUUUGCAUAUCGUCGUAAGUGCUUUACAAAUCCUCUUUCAACGUUAACAGUAAUAGUGACGUAGUGCUGACGUUUGACAGCGCCUGACAUAACUGUGAAACAAAACCAAUUUUUUUGAUUGUGACAUAACGUGUCUUGCUAGGAAGCGCCUAUAAUAUACUCCAGAUAACAUACUACUUAUAUAUGCAUAUUAUAUCCGCAUCAUUCCUUUAUAUUACCCCUUCUCUAGGACGUAAGUUAGUGCUAAACUCAAGUAUGUAAAAGUUACUCGUACGGAUCUAUAUAAUGGACCUCAUAUAGCUGCUAUAUUGCCUUAUAGAGCAUAUAUAAAUAAAUAUAUAUAUUCAUAUAUAUACACGGUAUCGUAGAUCCUAGCUGUCUUCCUCAUCGUCAGAACCUCUGGGACUUAGAACGUUAGUGAAGGAGACGCCCAACGUAGUGCUUUUCUCCUUAACACGGUGCGACCGAAAAGGAGGUGUGAUAUGUAUAUGUAUAUAUAGAAGUAAAUUAUAAAUAGGUAUAUAUCGAUAUCUAUAUAACCGCAGAUACACAUAGAAAGUGUAUAGAAAGCCUGGUUGUUUUUAUUCUGUGUUUUCGGUGCUGAGGAAACGAGGGAUUUCGUAAGAGAUCGCCUGCUGUUGGACCCUUCCUGAAGCCUACGCAUUCAGUCACGUCCUUCUGUCCUGCUGGUCUGAAGACUGAGGGAUAUCGAAGGCACCAGGAAGGAGAAAGGAAGCGAGGAAAGGAGGAAUAACGACACCCAAAGAAAGAGGGUAAAAGGAUCGAAGAAGGAACGGAGGAAGGAAGUUCUUUGUGCGUUUGUGUGUGUUUUUCGUUUUUCGUGAUUUUCUGUUUUAGUUUUUGUUUACAUGUGUAGUUGGUGAAGUCUCCGCGAGGACGCCAUGAUCCUUGAUAACAGGCAGGUCCCCGACAUUAUCGUGAGCCGGGAGGGACUCAGCCAGAACAACAACAACAACAACAACAACGCCCGCAAUGGCAACGGCAGUCCUCGCCACGUGGGCGGCAGAAAUGGCAACGGCAGCCCCAGGCACGUUAACUAUGGCAACGGCAGCCCCAGGCACGUUAACUACGGCAACGGGAGUCCCCGCCAUGUCAACUACGGCAGCGUCAGCCCCCGUCACGCCAACUACGGCAGUGACAGUCCUCGGCACGUGAGCUACGCCAGCGCCAGCCCCCGCCACACGCGCAGCGACAGCAGCAGCGAUGGCCGCGACGCCCCCAGCCACAUGUCGCCGCCCCCGGGAUUCAACAACAACGGCAGCCCGAGGCACACCAACAGGAACGGCUUCGGCGGCGGCCGCCAGGACGGCAACGGCAACAGCAGCGACAGUCCGCGCCACCGACAUCACCAUCACCAGCAACAACAGCAACAACAACAGCAACAUCAACAGCAACAGCAACAGCAACAGCAACAGCAACAGCAACAGCAGCAGCAGCAGCAGCACCAGCACCAGCACCAGCACCAGCAGCAGCAGCAGCAGCAGCAGCAGCAGCAGCAGCAGCACCCCCAAGGCAACGGCAACUUCGGCAGUCCGCGGCACAGCACGCGGAGCGGCUACCUGGGCAGUCCCCGCCACCACAGCAGCGGCGGCGGCAGCGUGAGCCCGAGGCACAUGCAGAGGCUCUACAGCUUCGACCAAGGCCAAGGGAGCCCCAGGCACUCGGUGGGCGACGCCGACGACACGGGCGUAGACCAGCUGGAAGAAGAGUUGAGGCGCCAUGAGCAGAGGCAGCAGGAGCAGGUGCAGCUGCAUCUGCAGCAACAUCGGCAACAGCAGCAACAGAAACAGCUUGAACACCAGCAUCGACAACACCAACAGGAACAUCGGCACCAACAGCACCAACAGGAACAGCGGCACCAACAGCACCAACAGGAACAGCGGGAACAACAGCACCAACAGGAACAGCGGCACCAACAGCACCAACAGGAACAGCGGCACCAACAGCACCAACAGGAACAGCGGCACCAACAGCACCAACAGGAACAGCGGCAACAACAGCACGAACAGCAACAGUAUCGUUUACAACAGCAACAGUUCCUCGAACAGCAGCAGAAGCAGAAACUGCGGCAGCACCAACAGCACAAUAAUCAUCCUCAGCAAACGAAUCAAAAGUAUCAAGAGCAGCCGCAGCAGAAGCAGUUGCAGCAGCAGAGGCCACAGCCGCAGCAGAGACAGCAGCAGCAGCAGCAGCAGCAGCAGGACGGCGUGGAUCGCGGCGCCAGGACGGUCAGCAAGAUCCCCGUGCAGGUGGGGGAGAAGGGGCGCGACAAGGCCAGUUCGCCCGAGUCGGCGCCCGAGAGCCAGCCUGUCCAGCUGGGUCCGGCCAGCCCGAAGAAGGCGCCGCCGAAGAAGGGGCGCGGCCACGUGACGUCGACGCCCGUGCGGAAGGCGGCGGAGCCUGAGCCGAAGGCGCCGUCGGACUUCAAGGCUGUGGUGAAGGAGUACUCGCAGCAGAGCCCCAAGCGCAUCAACCUGCGCAACAAGAACUACAACUACUUCAAGUACGGGCUGUGCCGCAUCGAGGUCAAGGACAAGCCCACCAAGAAUUGGCAGCCAUGGCGGCGCUUCGAGGAGGGCGACAAGUGGAGCUCGCCGGAGAACGACAACCUGGAGGUGCGCGACAAGCUGAACACGCACUCCACCAAGUGGAACCGCCAGAACAGGAACUGGUCGUCGCCCGAGCAGGAGGAGUGGGGCGGCGGCGGCGGCGGCGGCGGAUGGAACAUCGAGUGCGACAAGAGCGAGGAGGAGAACGACCAGGUCUUCAUUCCGGACGAGGAGGAGCGGCAGGACGAACACAUGGACGACCAAAGGCAAGAGGAGGAGGAGGACGAAGAGGCGGAGGAGGAGCCCGUGCCCAAGCGUGAGGUCCGGCGGGUGCCCCGGAGCAGCAGCUACGGCCGGAGGGAGUCCUGGCCCGCCAUGAACGGAAACCUGAUCUCGUUGCCCGUGGAGUCCGACCGCGGCCCGAGUCCCCUAGCCAGGGAGCGGGCGGCCAGUCCGCGCAGCAACGAGUCCUCCGUCAGCAACCCCCGCCGGAGCCUCAGCGGUGUGCCGGAGAACAGGAACUACCGUAUCUCGAGUCCGAUCCACCGGGGGGUGAGUCCGGUGCAGCGGGGGGCGAGUCCGAUCCACCGGGGGGCGAGCCCGAAGUGCGUGAACCGCGGGUCGUCGCCGCGGACGGUGGGCGGCAGCCGCGGGCCGAGUCGCGGGCCGAGUCCCCGCUGCGGCAGCCGGUCCAGCGGCUCCCUGGGCUCGCUGGGCACGAGUCCGGCCACAAGCAUGGACUCCCGGAAGGUGGUGGACACGGAGACCGACUGGGACUCCGGCGUGGACUCGGUUACUUCCAAGAUGGUGCUUAUUAGGUGUAAGGACGCAAACUACCUGACGAGGAUCUACCUCGACAAAGAAGGAAUACAUUCCCUGAAAGUCGUAGGGCGAGUGGGAGUGGGCGGGUCCGCGCCAGAUCACGUGAUGAACGAGGGCCAGUCAGGAGCUGCGCCAGGUAACCUCCACUCCAAUCAUCAUGCCUCCAGCGAUGACGUCACCAAAUUCAACGGUGACGUCACGGGCCGCGACAACCUAUCGGAGAACACGGCCAGUUUGAUCAGCCAAGCCACCGACAUCGAGUUCGAACAUGACACCGCCGACUACCAGUGGUUACUCGAUUAUGACCUGCCGUGCGCUAGGUAUCGCGAGAGUUACAGCCGCGAGGUGGGGACGGCGGCGUCGCUGUGCCCGGGGCGCGACGGCUCGGGGCGCGUGUCGGUGCUGGAGCCGAGCCAGGGCCAGCUGCAGGACCUCUCCUACGAGACCCUGGCCAGGAACCUCGACGCCAACCUCGCCCAGAUCGACAUGGACGACUUCCACAGCGAGGACAUCCACAACAUCCUCACGCUGCCCACCAUGUGCGGCGAGUUCCAGUCCCUCCUGCAGAGCGCCGAGGACGGAGAGAUGUUCGCCAGCGUCUCGGGCUCCAUGAUGGACCGCUACGACCUGGACUCGUCCGUGUCGCCGCGCUCCUCCUCCCACUGCGACCGGGAGGAGGAAUGCGACGAGGAGGAAGAGGAAGAAGAAGAGGAGGAGGAGGAGGAGGAUGACCGCGAGGGCGGCCACCGCGGCGACGGCCGGAGGGACGACGAACUGGAGGCGGAGGGCGAGGAGGAGGAGUACAGCGGCGUGAGCGGGGAGCUGUCCCUGUACCAGUCCGGGCCGCUGUUCUCCCCGCUGAAGGAGCCACCGCCGCUGGCCAACACCACCUUCAGCGUGGACUCCCUGGACUGCGACUCCCUCCACGACGACCUCAUCCUCACCUGCCAGGCCAACAAGGACAACUACACCAUCGCCUUCGAGGGGUCCUUCGUGCAGUACUCCGAGGACUCCGACUACCACGAGGCUGUAGAGAGCGAGUCCAGCGGCUGCAGCCACCACUGGUCCGGGGAGCGGCUGGAGGGCCGCUGCUCCGCCCCCUCCAUGACCCACUCCGACGAGCCCUAUACCACCUGGUCGAGAGUGAGCCGCAGGUCGUCGCGAACGCCGGAGGUGCCUUCGAGGGCAACCAUCGCCCACCCACAGCCGGGAGGAGGCAGCCGCGGGGCCGAGAGCGCCAAGCCCCCGGCCCAGGGCCAGUCUAGCAGCAAGAGCAACAGCAUGCCCAACCUCAUGCGGCGCUCGCUCAUGCGGCGGUCUCUCGAGGCUGCCGGAGGGUGCGUCAAGGUGUUCGACUUGCAGAACAGCAUGCGGUCCAGCCAGAGCAGCAGGACGAUAGGGAACGAGGCGAGCAACUUCUCGCUGGUGAAGCUGUUCAUGCGGCAGAAGAGUCUGAGCAAGGAGGCCGUGAGUCUGUCGUCGAGCAUAUCGCAGGAGGGCGCCUGCUGCUCCAGCUCGGACAACCAAUCCAACGUGCACGACUCCUCCGACUGGCCCAUGAACAGCCAGUCCGAGAACGACAUGGACGGGAGCGCCUCGCCGGUGCCGCCGCCGACUCUCAUGCGGCAGAACGGCGUGGUGUACCACGAGCGCGGCUUCAGGCGGAGAAGAGGCUCCCUGGGAGCGCCGGAGAUAACGCCGAGAGCCAACAACGUCACCUCGAACCUGCAGGACUUCAGUGGUGACACCACCACCAACACGGGCACCACAGACACAGCUGCUAUCACUGCCAAUGCCCAGCAAGACGGGCUCCUAAACAACAACAACAACAAUAUAAUAUCUGCAGCAGCAGUGCUAGACAACAAUAGCGUCCAGCUCACGAACACUAUGGAUAACGUGACCAGCUUUGAGGACAGCCUGAAGGAGACGAGUCCCUGCUCCAAACCGCCCGUCACCAGCCCCAUCCGGGAGGAGCCGGAGGGCAUGGACAUUUCGAUGGACAGCCGGGGGGAGAGCAAGGUGCUCCUCGACCAGUCGGAGAAGGAGACGAAGAUUGCGGAUGUGCUUAGGCUCAGAGACAACAAGCUGAACAUGGAUAAGAACAACAUGUCUCCCAUCAAGAACAUUGCCGGCAAGGACAAUGGAAAUAAGAACAUGAACAAGAAUGCCUUCAACAUCCGCGUGGACGAGCGGAAGAGAUCUCAGUCACCGGGGACACCCAAGAAGAGUGGCGGCAGCAACCGGCGCGAGGGGCCCAACAGCACGCCACGCCGCAGACAAGACUCCGGCAACUCCUCCAGCGGCUACCUCUCCAACAGGGGCUCCACAGAGAAGAUCAGGAGACCUUCAGACUCUGACACUCCCCAGCAGAAGCCUCGACCGAAACCCCGAGUGCUGAAGCAGAUGUCAGACCAGUGCCUUCAGACUUCCAACAUGAAGGUGUCUGCAACCGUCAACACAAGCUUCGAUUUCGACAAGAAAGAAGUCUACGUUUAUUAUCCAAAUUAUGCCUUACCCGACCUUGCGUUCCUCAAGGAUAAGAAAUACUGCAUGGACGCCCGGGUCUUCCUCGUCCCUCAGCACUACCACGUUCGGCCUGAGGAGGUGAGACGAGCCAGGGAGGCCAGGGCCAGGCGCCCCUUCUCGUGCGGAGACAUGGAGAAACUCAAGAAGCACGGAUUCAGCCACAUUCGGGACUGGGAUUCUCUGAAUUUCCUGCUGCCAAAAGAACUGAAAGAAAUGCUGCUUGAUGAAACAGAGUGCAUGGAAACUACAAAGCCCUCGUUCUGCCAGUCCCCGAAGCCCUCCCGGCGCCCUAUGAGCUGUGAUUACACACCACAGAGGUACUCGCACGAACUAAAGGGCUCCGCCAGCAGCAGCUCCACACAGCCUUCCUCGGGCUUCAGAGGGUCCUCUACGAUGCUCAAUGACUCCGAAGGGGAAAAUGGAGGCCUGGACCAGAGAUACGUUUAUAAGUAUGACAGUGCCAGCACAGACUCGGAAGGCAUUGAGAAGCCCCCGCCCUUACCCAAGAGGUCUAUAUCUCUACCAGUCGAUGAGAGACACGGGCCAGACGAUCCAGAUACGCCUCCACCACGACCACCUCUACCGCGGGGCAUCCUGCGAAAGACUUCGUCCCUGAAGGAAGACCCAUCAAAGGGGGCCGGAGGCCACAACAAACGCUACAGCGCAAUUGAUCCGGGCAGAGGCAACAUGAGGGAGGACCUAUUGAAGAGGAGAUCCUUGCAGGAGCCCAUGGAGUACAUGGCACACAGGAACACCAGGGAGACCAUCCCCGAGGUAGGUGCCCAACAGCCAACACAGCAGGAGGUGGAGAAGGAGCGGGCGAUGAGUCCUCCGUCCCCCAUGGGAUGCAGCUGCGUCAACCAAUGCACAGGGUUCUGUGGUAAGGGUCUUCAGAAGAAAAAUCUGCUAAGGGUCAGUGAGCUGCCAGACAUCUCCAGCCACGAGGACCUGACGGAGGAUGACCUUCUCCGCAUCAGGUCACAGGUCAGCACCUUCCUCGUUACAAAGGGAACCAGCCUAAGUCCUAUUAUGGCCGAUGUGAACGGGCCGUGUGACCUCUGCCCGAAGAAGAGUGUCAGCUUUGCAGAAAAGACGCCCAACGCCGAGCUUCCCCCAGGAGGACUUAAUACCGACGGGACCGAAGAAGACCCGAGGCCGAUGGUGUACGACGCCCACGACAAGAAGACUCUAGUGCUGUCUGUUCGCGCCGCCGUCGAAAAACUAGUCACCCAUUUCUCCACUGCUUCGUCACAGCAAGAGAAGAUCAAACUAGGUACAAGUUCCCUGAACCCAACUGUGGCCCAGAUAGCCUUAGAGAAGCUGUGUCCUGCCGUGUACGCCCUCCUGAGUGACGGGCUGCACCCCUCUCUGCACUCGCUCUUCGGCAAAAUCAACAACUCUGUGUGGCGAGUCGUCGAGGUUACCAGUCAGAUCAGUCCCUCCACAAAGGCUCUGAAUGACUUGGUGUUGACUUUGAACAGCGAGGAGUGCCUCUCCGAAGGUCCGAUCAAGUUUAAUGCUUUCGUCUUUGGACUGCUUAACAUCCGUUCCUUGGACUCCUGGAUGAGUUACCUCCGGACGCGAGAGAGCAUCAUCCAGAAGCACUACCACCCCGAGGCCUUCCUCUACCUCUCCAACACAGCCACCAGGUCCCUCUACGACGACUUGCUCAUUGCCCUCCGGCCGCUCGCCAUCCUGCCCUUCAACCUCGACCUCCUUCAUGAAUACAAGGCCCUGCACGCCAGCUUGCAGAAAAUGGAGGAGAGGCUCCUCCAGCACACGAAGGAGAGCCCAGGAGAACGCCCUCCAUCGGUCCUGGACCACCUUUUGGCCUCAAAGGAGACCAAGGAAUUCAAGAACGCGGUGCAGCAGGACCGAGUGAAAGCCCUCAUGCGCGUGCUCACCUCCCCGGACCUAGACGAGAACGAGCUCCUGCAGUCCAUCACAGACCACACUCGGGAAAGGUCCCGCAGUCCCAGACCGAGGUCGUGCUACGAACACGUGGCGAAUGAGGAGCAGAACACGACAAUGAGGAAGCGAUGGAGUGGAGUCCAACUUGGCUCGAGGCUCCUCACGGCUAUUGAUAAGCUGAUGCUUGAGGAAGCUGGCCCUUCAUCCAGCGAGGACUACACGGACUCCAUUGAUAACCCCAAGAACAAUCAGCGGCCCAGCAAUGCCCGGGGGUUGGACGGCUCGGAAGAUAAUCUCCAGACAGAUCUGAAGGUCAGUGAUAUUUCCAGCAGAGAUGGAGACAUUAGCGAGAGGUCGGCGUCAGAGAAGGACACAGAGAACGAGAAGGGGGCUCGUGCAUGUGCAAACAACGAUGAUGACGAUGAGGAACCGGAAGGAGUCAGAUUCAGGCGCUUGCAACUCAAAUGGGAACAAAUGGCAGGGCCAGAGAAGAAAGCACCUACCCCUCCCAAGGCACCAGCACCCACAGUGCCUGAGAAAGCUGUCAGUCCCAGUAGUGGCAGCAGGUCCAGAAUACCCAGGCCUGUCAGCAUGACUUCCCCGCAGCGUCCUUUCAAGCCUUUCGACCCGUCGAAAGAGAAAACUUCACCCCAGAUCAAACCAGCACUCAUGCAAAAGCAACACUUGAACACAGCACCAAAGGAAUUGCCAAAGCCAGCCCCGAGAAGGUCCCUGAAGGACAAAUCCUCCGUUCAAAACAGUCCAGAUGAACCAAGCAACACCGCGGUGCGCCCCCCAUCGGUGCGGUCGCGUCUGGCACCGCGGCCCAACUCCGUCAACCUCAGCCUGGCCACCGGUCGUGCCUCUUCAGUACCAGGUCGUGUGCCGAACACCGGAGACAAGACCAACAAUGCCAGUGGCAGGUACGAUGGACAGCGUAGGUAUGCCGGGCAGCAGCGGUCGGCCAGCCACGGGAGACGUGUGGCGCCAGGAGAUUCACCCAAGUUGGUGCAGACGCUCCACCACCGCAUGGCGACGGACAACGGCCACCUAAGCUUCAGCCGGGGGGACAUCCUGACGCUGGUCGUAGAGGUGGACGACCGCUACCUCCUCUGCUGCCACAACGACCGCAAGGGACUCGUGCCAAGGUCCUCCGUCAUCGUUUACGAGGCAUGAGGAUCGGCAUCGCCUGGAGGAAACGAGAAAGAGAGAAACAGAGAUAGAUAGAUAGAUAUAGAGAACGAGAGGAAGAUAUAUUAAUGAGUGAGAGAGAGAGAGGAAGAAAUGUAGAAGAAAGAAAGGAAAAUGAUAACAUUGUGUGCCUGAAGAUGAGAGAAGGAGUAAGCAGACCAGGCUCUCCUCUGAAGCAGUUCGGGUGCUGUGGGACUCGAAAUUUAUUGGGUAAAUAGCUUAGUGCAAUAGUAGCUGUUCGAGGAAGGUGUCUUUGAUAGGAAAUUCACCCCCCCCCCCCUCCUCGUCCACCCUCCACCCUCCUGUGUGUUGGGAGAAAUGUAUUAUCAGUUUUAAUUAUGUACAAAUCGAUUGAGGCUAUCCAAGAAAAGAAUAAAUUACAGUAAAAAUUCAUGACCAGCAACCAUUCCUUUAAGAAAAAGAAAUGAAUGUAAUUUAUGAUCACUGAGCUUAGAGCUAUGAUAUAUUUCGAGGAAGCAGACGGCAAGAGGACAAUUGCUAGCAAUGCCAGUACAUAUAGCUUUUAAGACCUUUUAUAUGCUACUCACAAAACCUGCAACAAACACUUUAAGAGGAAACUGUACAUGAUUUUGAGUAGUAUUUUCAACCUUAUGCACAUAAUCCUUCCUGUCAUUUUCUCACUGACGACGAAAACAAAGAAAGAAAAAAUAUUCAUUACUUUUAAGAAUUCUUCAAAAAACCUUAAAGAAAGAGCAUAGAAUCCCCAAAAAGGAAUGGCGGAGACGAGUGACUUCGCUGUCUUGCCAGAUGUUUCCGCUCUCCCAAAGCUCACGACAAAGGCUAUGGUAUCUUUCCUCAGUGUUGUCGUGAGGGCGAUACGCAUAACCUCAAUUCCCACAAGUUUGGCAAAUGACACUUAAGGUUUUCGGGAAUCAUUAGAGGCGUUCUUUAUGGAUGGAAUAUACUGUGACAUCUUCUUUUAUACUCGUUCAUUUUCUUUUCUCAGUGAGAUUACCCAAAUUUUACAGUCUUAGAAUCGUCAUUUCUUUCCCCCCCCCCCCC